AUGUCUAUGGCAUUUGAAUUUCCCCCUGUCAUCGGAUGCAGGAAUCAUAAGGAGAAGAGCCGUUACUUGCGUGCUCAACCGAGACGACGAGUAAAUAUGCUUUGCGAUUAUGCGCAGAGUACUCGCUUGGAGAAUGAUGACCUGUUGGCUCUUGGUAUCGAGAGUGUCAGGGAAUUCUUCAAUGGUCAGCUUCCACCAGGCUGUUACCGCAACGAUCGAGGUUUUUGGUUCCGGGUCACUGGUUCCGGAGAGCUGGGCAGGGUUCAAUGGAGUCGGCCAAAUGGGCAACGCGUCUGGUUUGCUGGACAAGUACCAGGUAUCCCUCCUCCGCAGCUGCCCCGUGAGAUGCAAUUUGCGCCUGGUGAAUGGAGAACACAAGAGGGUUUCCCCUCCUUUCACCAUGCCGCUCCACAACCUCGGCUCGGCCACCGUUCGCCGGCAAACUUUUUCUACUCUGCAAGCGGGCCUCUCUUCAAUCACCCUACUUCUCCGCAGCAGUACCCUACUUCUGCCGAUCAGUUGCAGCAGCACCCUGCCCGUCUCGCUCCUGCCCCCCUUGGCCCUUGCGUUGCUGCCCAGCAGCAACAUUUCGGUGCAGCUCCUGCUUACGAGCAGCCCUUCCUUUUCCCUGCCACUGGAGAGCAACAUCAGCCGAGAGUCUUCGCUGGCCUUGGGGAGAUAUCCCCAUUCUUUACUACUUUUGACGAGCAACAUAACCUCGACGCCGCCCCUGCAUCUAGAGAGCAACCUCCACUUCUCGUUGCUGUUCACGAUCAGCCUCUCUCCUUCCGCUCUGCCGGGAAGCAGCCCCCCCUCCCCGUCGCUUCUCUCGAGCAGCAGUAUGACGCCACUCAUUUUACACAUCCAGGAGAACAGGUGCUGGGGGCAGGUGCAGGUCAAGCCCCCUCAACGUCUGAGAACGAGUUGAUCGAGCGUAUACAAAGCUUCCUGAAUGAGGAUAAAAGGGCAACGCGUAUGUACGAGAAACGAUGGGCAGCUCUGGAGGACAAGGUGAUGAGCUCAUAUCCGGGCUAUGGUCUGGUGUAA